AACUCAUAGCAAAGCACGAGGAGGUGAUGCAACAAGUAAAGAAGACAGAAGAGUUAAUCGAUACCCUCAAACAGCAGAAGAUUUCUGUUAAGGACUGUGCUUCUCGGGCACAAACAAACUACGGCAACAAGUUUGAGAUGCUGAAGAAGGAGUUGGAGCAGGUGCAGGCUAAAGUAUUGCAGUACAUAGGGAGUGAAGAGCAGCUUGCCCUGGACCAGGCUGACAGUGCUCUGGAGAGACUGGAGGAGAAAUGUGCCCUGCUGAGGGAGACCAGUCUGAAGCUGGUGAGCACGCUGAAGAGUAAUGACUCUCUGCAGAUCUUACAGUUUCCUCAGGAGAUUUACCCCUUCAAUAAGACACUGCAGGACAUAGUGCUGCCUUCCUCAGACCUCUCAAUAGAGAACAAGCUACAAGGAGUGAGAAGGGCCUUGGAGCAGAUUUCCAUCCUGACCUAUCAGGACCUACAGGCCUGCUUCAGACCACCGUCAGAAUCACUGGAUGUUUCAGAGUCCGUUUCGACUGACAAAGGUGAUCCUGUGAAACCUGUCAUACUUCAGCCACUCCGAGUGAAUUUGCACAUCAGAGAACCAUUCCUACAGUGGUGCUCGCAGCUGAGUUUUGAUGUCAACACGGCACACCGAUUCCUCUCCCUCUCCAAAGGUAACCGUCGAGUUUCCCACAAGGACACGCAGAAAUACCCGAUACACACUGACCGCUUUGAGAAGGAGUGGCAGGUGAUGUGCCGUGAGAGUUUCAGCAGUGGCCAGCAUUACUGGGAGGUGCUGAUCAGCAGUCAGUGGGUCUACCUCGGAGUUACUUACAGAAAAAUCAGCAGACGGGAUGCUUCCGCCUUGAUCGGCAGGAACAGUGUCUCCUGGGCCCUGCAACUCUUCGACAAGAGCUAUUCGGCUUGGCACGCCAACCAGGAGGUCAAACUGCAACCAGCAGCCUACAGUCGGAUUGGGGUCCACCUGGACUACACCGCUGGGACCCUGACGUUUUACGGCAUCACCGAUACCAUGACUCCGAUCCACACUUUCCAGUCGGUCUUUACUGAGCCGUUGUAUCCUGUCAUUUGGGUGGGGGAGGAUGUUGUUGCAACACUCUGCUGCCUCCGUGAGGAUAGAGGCCCCUUUUCCAGAACAACACGGGAUGAAUAUGGGAAAUAAAAUAAAGGCAUUUAUAUAUAGCACCUUUCACGACCCCAGGAUGUCCCAAAGCAUUCCACAGCCAACAAAGUCCUUUCCAAGUCCUUUCGCACUGCAGGAAACAUGGCAGCAGAGCAAAGGAAGAUCCCAGAAAUAGCUGCAUGAUACUGUCAGAUAAUUUUGUGACUUGAGGGAUAUAAAUUGGUUCUGACACCCCCUUUCUUUGCUAAAUAGAACCUGUGUGAUCCUCAGUGUCGAUUUGAGAGAGAGGGGAGUUUGUGCCCGAGCCCUGUGUAGGUGCGAUGUGAUUCAUGACUUUUGGGUUAUUUAUUUCUGGGUUAUUUUGGCGGGGUUGUUGUGAGGGGGGUUUGUGGGGGGCACGGGGGUGUUCCCUGGACCUUCUGACAGUUGAUUUGGUGUUGCAUCUAACAGUAAACAGGUUUUUGGUGGAGGAAUACACCAUGUGGUAGCAUGGGAUUUUCUUAAAAGCCAUCCCAAGACUUGAUUUGGGAUCUUGUAAAAUGGGAACUUGUGACUGGAAAGUUUUGAGAAGAAACAGUCCAGAUUUCAAUGACAAUGGAAAAAGCUGACUAAGCCUCAGCCAUCCCAAUUAAACAUUUGCUGGAAUUAGAGUGCAUAAGCACCUAUUCAUGUGACCCUUGGAUUGGGUGCUGGCUGGGGGGCAAUCAGGUUUGUUUGACAGGUCAACUCGUAAUAGAUCCUUCGGUCCAACCAGUCCAUGCCAACCAUAAUCCCAAACUAAACUAGUCCCACCUGCCUGCACUUGGCCUCUUUCCAUCCAAAAUUUCUUAUUGAUGUCUUUAUCUAAAUGUCUUUUAAACAUUGUAACUGUGCCUGCAUCCACCACUUCCUCUAGAAGUUUGUUCCACACAUGAAUCACUCUCUGUGUAAAAACGUUGUCCCUCAUGUCUUUUUAAAUCUUUCUCCUCUCACUUUAAAAAUAUGCCCCUUGGUCUUGAAAUCCCUCACCCGAGGGAAAAGGCACCUGCCAUUCACCUUACCUAUAACCAUUAUUAUUUUAUAAACUUCUAUAAAGUCACCCCUUAACUUCCUACACUCUAGUGAAAAAAUUCCCAGCAAAGAGGAAACAUUUUCUGUUGUUAAACAGGACUCUAGGAGAGUACAGACUUGCAGCCAGAGUUGGAAGUCAGUGUGCAGCAAAGUUUUGUAGCUAAAAGUUGCAAAGAAUCCAAAAGACAAAAAGGAAAGGAGGGUCUUGCUAUUUUUUCCUUGCAAUCGAAUGAAAUAAAUGAUGUAUGUCCAUAACUCCUGCUCUGUAUGUUCACACACUGUUGUUAAUAAACCUAAUGAUUCAUA